UGAUCCAAGCAAAUGCUAUUGAUAUCAAAUUAACAAAAGAACUAUUAAUUGAAUAGGCUUAUAUUUCUUUGCAGCAAUGGAUUCAGAAAUGGUAAAUAAGCUUGGAAGCUCUCUCUUGGUGCCUUCUGUACAGGAGCUAGUAAAGCAACCCAUCACCAAAGUUCCAGAACGAUAUCUUCAGCAAAACCAAGACCCUUCUCUAGUUGUAUCUAGCACAAAAUCUUUACCACAAGUUCCAGUCAUCGAUUUGAGUAAGUUGUUGUCUGAAGAAGAUGAAACUGAACUACAAAAGCUUGAUCAUGCUUGCAAAGAAUGGGGUUUCUUUCAGUUGAUCAAUCACGGAGUCAAUCCUUUAUUGGUGGAAAAUUUUAAAAAACUUGUUCAAGACUUCUUCAAUCUGCCGGUGGAAGAGAAGAAAAUAUUAUCGCAAAAACCAGGAAAUAUCGAAGGUUUUGGUCAGUUGUUUGUUGUAUCAGAGGAUCACAAAUUGGAAUGGGCAGAUUUAUUCCACAUUAUCACUCAUCCAUCAUACAUGAGAAAUCCACAAUUAUUUCCUAGUAUUCCCCAACCAUUCAGAGAAAGUCUAGAGAUGUACUCUUUAGUACUGAAAAAGCUAUGUGUGAUGAUCAUUGAGUUUAUGUCAAAAGCAUUAAAGAUCCAAAAAAAUGAAUUGCUAGAGUUCUUUGAAGAGGGAGGCCAAUCAAUGAGGAUGAAUUACUAUCCUCCUUGUCCCCAACCAGACAAAGUCAUUGGACUUAAUCCUCAUUCUGAUGGUACUGCCCUUACCAUUCUUCUUCAACUCAAUGAAAUAGAAGGCCUUCAAAUAAAAAAAGAUGGAAUGUGGAUUCCUAUUAAGCCUCUCACAAAUGCUUUUGUUAUCAACAUUGGAGACAUGCUAGAGAUAAUGACGAAUGGUAUUUAUCGAAGUAUUGAACAUCGAGCAACGAUUAACUCAGAGAAGGAGAGGAUUUCCAUUGCCACAUUUCACAGUGCUAGAUUGAAUGCAAUUCUUGCUCCAGUUCCAAGCCUUAUUACUCCUAAAACCCCUGCAGUGUUCAACGACAUUAGUGUGGAAGAUUUCUUCAAAGGAUAUUUCUCACGCCAGCUUGAAGGAAAAAUGUACAUUGAUGACAUGAGGAUGAAAAAAGAAUGAUAUUAAUAAUGCAUUGGGAUGGAAAAUUAAAUAAAUAUCAUAGCAAAUAUUAAUAUAGUCAUGUUGGAUGUGAUGGUGUACAAUAUAAUAAUGUCAGUUUGAAUUUACUCUUUGUUUAGUAAUUUAAGCUGGAUUUGUUUCAUUUGAAGUUAAACUGAACUAAUAAAAUGUUCUCAUGUACUAAAUAUUCAUGUUCUUGGUCCCGUGA